AUGUUUGAAUCUCGCAUCAUGUGGAAGUUGUUAUUGUGCAUAUGUUUUUUCAAGAUUUCAGAAUGCCAAGAUUGGGUGAUAGAAGACGAAGGCUGCAGAACCCCAGACAGAGGUGUCGGCGACUGCAGACCCAUAAUGCAGUGCGAACCAAUCACCAACUUCAUGAGGUCAGCAAAGAGGCCUCUGAGUCAGGAAGUGAUCAGGUAUCUGAACUCUUAUACGUGCAGCUACGAGUCGAACCAGGUGUGGGUCUGCUGUCCGUCUGAGCCAAUAUCAUUCGAAGGAGAAGGAGGCUCUAAUUCGGCAAACGAUGAUCCUCCGGAUGUGAGUCAACACAGGAAUUAUCAUUUGCUGCCAGAAGACUGCGGGUACCUGGAUCCAGGAGACAGAAUUAGGGGCGGUGCCAAUGCCAGACUGAAUGAGUUUCCUUGGAUGGCACUGUUAUCAUACCGAACAAGAAGAGGUCCUGAUUUCAAAUGCGGUGGUACAAUCAUAAAUGAAAGAUAUAUUCUGACAGCAGGCCACUGUUUACACAACUUGAAAAAUCCAUUAUUGGGGGUGAGAGUUGGAGAGCACAAUAUACAAACAAAAUCUGAUUGUGAACUCACUAGGAACAAUAAACAAAAAUGCAAUGCACCCGUACAAGAUUUAGCCAUCGAGGAGAUCCUGGUGCAUCCUGGAUUCAACGAAACUGUGAUUCAGAACGAUAUUGGAUUGCUGCGAGUAUCUAAAAUGAACUUGAAUGUAGCAAAUGUUAGACCAGUUUGCCUACCAGUAGAUACUGCAAGAGGUGCGGACUUGAAUGGAAAGAGAAUUAUAGUCACUGGUUGGGGUACCGAUGAAACAGGCCACGCGAGUAUGAUCCUGCAAAAAGUGGAGCUGCCCAUCGUCAGUCUGGCGGAGUGCCAGAAAAUCUACAAGGCGGAACAGCGGGCCAAAAUCAGCAGGAAGCAAUUGUGCGCGGGCGGCAGAGACAGGAAGGACUCCUGCCCGGGCGACAGCGGGGGGCCGAUGCACACCGCCGCCUACGUCAACGGGGACACCCGGUAUGUUCAACAGGGCAUUGUGUCCUUCGGGCCGGCCUUCUGCGGCCUGGAUGGCUACCCAGGAGUGUACACCAGAGUGGAGUAUUACAUGGACUGGAUCCUGGACGCGAUGAAGCCCUAGAUAGGGAUUCAGAUGGAAUUUCACAAAGGGCACGCCGACAGACAUUGCGUUGA